UGAUUGGUUUCUGAAGAGGAGAGUUGGCGGCCAAUGCGAUGCGGAGCCGGGGCCUAAGUCCUCGCGGGAGCUGCGGUCUCUGGAGCGGGAUGGCCGCGGAGCCGGCCGUAGUUGGCCCUAGGCUCACAGAUCCCGCUCUCUGCCCUGAAACAUGGCCCGGGGUCCUGGCCCUCUAACUCGGCCUCGCCCCGACACGGUCGUCAUGCCCAAGAGAGGGAAGCGACUCAAGUUCCGGGCCCAAGACGCCUGCUCAGGAAGAGUGACCGUGGCGGAUUAUGCCAACUCGGAUCCGGCUGUCGUGAGGUCCGGAAGGGUCAAGAAAGCUGUCGCCAAUGCUGUUCAGCAGGAAGUAAAAUCUCUUUGUGGCUUGGAAGCCUCCCAGGUUCCUGCAGUGGAAGCUCUUUCUGGGGCUGGUGAGCCCUGUGACAUCAUUGACAGCAGUGGUGAGACUGAUGCCCAGGAGGAAAGCAUCCAUGAGAGAACUAUCUCCAGAAAAAAGAAAAGCAAGAGGCACAGAGACCUGGACGGGACUGGAGGAGAAGAGUAUCCCAUGGAUAUUUGGCUAUUGCUGGCCUCCUAUAUCCGUCCUGAGGACAUUGUGAAUUUUUCCCUGAUUUGUAAGAAUGCCUGGACUGUCACUUGCACUGCUGCCUUUUGGACGAGGUUGUACCGAAGACACUACACACUGGAUGCCUCUCUGCCUUUGCGCCUGCGACCAGAGUCAAUGGAGAAGCUGCACUGUCUUCGGGCAUGUGUGAUCCGAUCUCUGUACCAUAUGUAUGAGCCAUUUGCUGCUCGAAUCUCCAAGAAUCCAGCCAUUCCAGAAAGCACUCCUAGCACAUUAAAGAAUUCCAAAACCUUUGAUCAUCGCAGGUUAACUGUGGUGAGGUGGGAUCAUCCCAAAGCUGACCGUGGCCGGGUGUUGAUCAGUUGCUGGGAGCAGAGCAGCACUGGGCAGACUUCAUGCUGGACAUCCUUGCGGCUCCAGUGCACAAUUAGCAUAGCUUGUGUGGGACACUGGAGCCGUUGUGUUGGCAGCAGAAGUGUUUACCCCUUAAAGCCAAGCCCAUUAUUUUUGAUGGAACAGCAGGACGUACAGGGCAUGUCUGAAGGGCAGGACAGCUGGCACGGCGGACGACCCACCCCUUAUCCCCUAGGAGUGCUUACUUUUCUGGUGCAGAAAGAUUGUUGGGAACAGACAGGAACCAAUGUGGGAAUUCAACUUCAAGUUCAAAAAACAGUCCCCAAGAUUAAAGAGCAAGUGUAUGGGAGGAUUGCAGCCUCCCAUUCAGUACGAAGAUGUUCAUACCAACCCGGACCAGGACUGCUGCCUACUGCAGGUCACCACCCUCAAUUUCAUCUUUAUUCCAAUUGUCAUGGGAAUGAUAUUUACCCUGUUUACUAUCAGCGUGAGCACGGACAUGCGGCAUCAUCGAGUGAGACUGGUGUUCCAAGAUUAUCCUGUCCAUGGUGGUCAGAAACUGCGCAGUGAACAGGGUGUGCAAGUCAUCCUGGACCCAGUACAUAGCAUUCGACUUUUUGACUGGUGGCAUCCUCAGUAUCCGUUUUCCCUGAGAGCAUAGAUAUUGCUUCCUGUCACUGAAGGCAGCCCUGAGCUAGGCCAGUCCAUUUGUAACCAGAUUCCAGUUUGGAAGGGGCAGCUGGAUUGUAUAUCUAGUCAGUAAUGCACAUGCUCUUUAGGUUUCUGGGGUUCCUGGUAAGAGGAGAAGGAUUGAAUCAGGAGGAAAAACAACUAUGAUUUAUAAAUGUAUUUUAAUGUAAAAUUUUGCAUUUGAAAGGAGAAACCUGGCCCUAUUUUCUGUGUUAAACCCCAUUUGGUGCUACUGAGUUUGUUCUUUAUUCUUUUACCACAGCCAAAGUGGAUGAUCUUGCUUUAGGGGAAAAUUAAACUCUUAAAUCUCCAAACAAGGAAAUUUUAGCAUUCCUUUAUGGAUCAGAGUAACCUUAGAGGUGUAAAAUUGUUGCUACUAUUGGUUUCAGUUUAGCUGCCCCUCAAAUUCAAGUGAAUCUAGAAAUAAAGCAGGUGACAGGGUUUUCAGAAUCUUAAUGAGAUUGACUUGUGUAUCUUUCUUUAAAAAUACUUGUUGCAUAAAUAAUUUGCCAGUUUUGAA